UUCACAAGUUCAUUUUAAAGGGUUUAGUGGUAAACCAGCAAUUGAGAAAGAACGCGACCGCUUGCUUGAUUUAAUUGACAACCAACACCAAGACCGGUUGGCCGAAGUCCAAGCGGCAAUUACCGAAAUAAAGCAAGUUUUACAGAAUGCCGAAGCCAACUUUGAAAAUAGUUUCCGCUACAAAUCUAGUUCGGAUAUUCAGGCUGAAAAGGCGAAAAUUACAACUAAAAUUAAUGAUUACCUGAACCAAGAAUCAUCCAAUAGUAAAACGAUAAUUGCUGAGAUUGAAAAUAUGUUGCGAACCAGCGGAAAAUUACAAGCAAAAAGUAAAAAUGAACGAGAAGCGGAAAAGAAUAGAUUGAUUAAAUUAAUUGAGGAUGAAAUUAAGAGAAAAAAAGAUGCUG